AUGCUUUCCCCCAAACGGCCAGCACCUCAAGGCCCGAAAUUUAAUAAGCUCUCCCCUGGAACCACAGUGCCGUCAGGAUCUCAGGCCAAUCUCUCCAUACCUGCUUUGCGCACGGAAUACCCGGCUAAGAAGCGCAGCCGGACCAACACUCCAUGGACUCAUCAGGAGGAACAGAGACUGAAGCAAAUGCGCGAUGCUGGCCACGGCUGGUCUGAGAUUGCAAAGGCAUUUCCCAGUAGAACAGGAGGGAGUAUAAAAAAGCACUGGUAUAAGGAUAUGCACUAUGCCGAAUUUGCGGAGGAUGAGAGUGACGCCAUCCGUGCCGCUAUCAAGGAAUAUGAGGCCAACAAGUGGAAAGCAAUUGGGCAAAAAUUAGGCAAACCCGCAAAAGCCUGUGAGCAAUACGCGAACAAGCACUUCAAGACCGAUUACAAAGCAUUUGAGCUGGAUGGUAAAGAGCCAACAUCUGCCAAGAUCACAAGAGAAACAAAGGACUACAUCUCCCCGUUUGACCAUCAGAGUGUGUUCGAGCCAGUCAACAUCAAAACCGCGCCUCUGGGUGGCGUGGAGGAUAUCCAUCCCGGUGGUCGGGCAGAGAGCACUGUCAAUUCUGGAGUCCUUAAUGUACCUUUCAUGAAGAGCCAGGAUCAGCUAUCACCGCAACUCCAUAUCGAAAGAUCAAAUUUCUCUCCGAUACUAGUCCCAUUACCACUGUCUCCAACAGUAUCAAUGAGCGGGCUGCAUCAUAGCAGCCACUCUCAAAGCGAAAUCUCCUUUACCGGAACCAGUAUGACAUCCGGGUCAUUAUUUUUCGCCAUGGAUGAGCCUCACGGGCAUACCAUGACGUUCAUCGAGGAACUCGCCUCCAAGGUUGUUCGUCGGUCUCUAACCAUUGCUGGCCGUCAGGGACUAAGAACACACGCUUCGUCCGCCACCGACACAAAAGCGCUCCCUACUAGACGGACCGGUCAGUCAAAACGAGCGGUGCACGAUCGCGAUGAGAGAGAUAGUCCUAGCGAUGAUGAGGAAGGGGCUGCAGACGGAGGACCUCACCCUAAACGGAAGCGCCGAAGCCCAGAGAAGUCAGCAAGGCUGUUUGCCUGUCCUUUUGCGAAAUUUGACCCGGAACGAUACUCAGAACGGAACAUCAUAGAGAAGAAUUAUCGGAAAUGCUCCAGCAAGUACCUUAGAGAUAUUGCCCGCCUUAAGCAACAUCUCUACAGAACCCAUCAGCGCCCGGAAUGGUACUGCGGCAACUGCUACCAGAACUUUGAUUCGCGAGAACAGCUUAAUGAGCACAACAGAGAACGUCCUCCUUGUGACCGAAGCACUGCUCGAUACGAAGAAAUGAUGACAGAUAAUCAACUCAAGGAGAUCAAGCGGCGGAGCCCGGAAAACAGUCAACAUCAAAUGUGGUAUAAGAUUUUCCAGCUCCUGUUCCCAGAUGCUCCCCGACCCAUCUCUCCGUAUGUUUCUACUUGCGAUCCAGAAACAGUUCAGCACUUUGUCAGAGUAUUUCAGCUGGUUGGUCCUCAAGAGCUCUUCCAGAUGAUGCAGGCUCGCCGGGAACACGGUCCAGGAUCAGUGCAAAUUGGCGUUUCAACCCAAGCGAUAGUUGAUGAGGCGUUCGAGAUUGCACUGCCUGACUAUUUGGAACUUCUAGAGCGCGAUCGACGGCCCCAAUAUGUCCCGGUCGACGUUCCUGAGCCCUCGGGACGUCAAUCACAGGAUCAUCGAUCGGACUCUUCAUUCUCUCAAGAAACCGAUAAUCUAACUAUAGCCACUCAUGCAAUCAAUGGCCAGCUAUUGCAGAUGCCGCAAGCUACACAGGGUGACGCAGGCUCCAUGCCCAAGUUGGAUCGGAUAGCUCAGCCGGUUCUUGACAUCUCCCAGACAUUGCCGUCCGACAUCACUGAGCUAUUCGAUCCGUUCGAGACUCUGUUUGACAAUCCAAAUGUACAGAUCUUUGAACACACGAAUAUAAGUGAUGAUGUCUGGCCGCAAGUGAAUGUAUGA